AAGGGUAACCGGGGAGCCCCUGUUGAGCGACGGGUAUUUUGUGUGGAGGUUGGUAAUUAUAAUAACACUGGGAAGGGAGUCACCUCGCCCAGUACACCACAGCGGACACUCCACGCUAAUUCUUCGGAGAGUUUCGUAACUGUUUCCCCAUUCUAAAAUGUUUCACGACUUUAGGAUACCCGCAUGUUCAUGAUCACUGGAUUUAAUUAAGAAAGUCGUGAGCCUUCUGGAAACUUUUGGAUUUUCGUUCUGAAGAAUGCUGUUAGAAGAUAGUGUAGCUUUGUAAGGUAAUCAUGAGGCUUACAACGUGGACGUUAACCACAACGUUGGUGGUCUUGAUCUGUAUCAACUAUUCCUCACCACAGACCACACCACAGACCAUAGGUUGCACUGGGGCGUACACAGCUUACUUUGUCGUCGAUGGAUCGGAGAGCAUCAGUACCGCCAAUUUUGAAGAAGUUAGGCGAGCAUUGAUAACGUUUGUUAAUCAAAGUAUCACAAACAACGGCCUUACCCGUGUUGGAGUCGUGGUGUACAGCAAUAAUGUGUCUGCUGUCAUCAACGCAUCCUCGGACAUCACCUCACUAGUGAAUGCAAUACGGGUGGUUAUUCAUCCAAAAGCAGGAACAUUCACACAUCUUGGUAUAAGAAGAGCGAGGGAACUUUUAGACUUGGACCUUUCUGGAAACCCUCAUAUCAUGAUUGUGAUGACCGACGGGUUGUCAAACUAUCCAAAUGAUACGAGGGCAGCAGCUGCAGAGGCCAAGAGCUCUGGGAUAAGAGUCUUUGCUGUGGGCGUUAAUCCUUUGCUGAACUUCCCAUCUUCACCAUACAAGCGGCGUUACGAACAAGAGUUGGUCGAUAUUGCCUCGGAGAAUUCCACAGCAAUUCAAAUCGAAAACUUCGAGAAUUUAGCCGGCACUGUCGGAAUCAUUGCUGGAAACUUGUGCAAUGAAAUUGUGUCUGUCGUCAAUCGCCCAAUCAGCAUCACACUCUUGGUUGGUGGGACAGCGUCAUUUACAGUGGGCUUCAACCGACAGCCAACGGGCGGUUCCUGGCAAAGAUUAACACCUUCACGAGCCGACCUGACAAGUGAUAACAGAUUCAUAAAAGGUGGCACCAAUUUAGAGAGGACAUUGACUGUACCCGGCGUAACGCUCGGAGAUGGAGGAACAUAUGCAUAUUCGGUCGGCAGCCUCAAUCCACAAGCCAUGUUAACUGUAUUGACUCCUUUAACCAACCAAACAGGAUCAGUUGGACAGCCAACCACAUUUACCACGCAGGUCACCCCAACCGAGGCAGCUGACGGUUUCUGGUUGAAAGAUGGUGUGCCUUUGACUGCGGGUUCCGCGAAAUAUACCAUCACGAGGACAGCUACCGGACGGAGUCUGGUUGUGAAUAAUGUUGCAAGCGGUGAUCAAGGCCGAUAUACCUUUAGCCUAAACGGAGUCACAACGGACGGUUAUCUCACAGUCCCAGCUGUUAUUACAAAUAACUUGCGAGAUAUAACUGUCCUUGCUGGAGCAAGCCCACAAUUUGUAGCAUUUGUCAGUCUUGCUGGUGUCACUAACGGCGUUUGGACAAAGGAUUCGGUUGACGUGACAAACAACGGCAGAUAUACCAGAAACACAGUCGGUGCUCUACAGUCAUUGAGGAUACCAAAUGCUCAGAACGCUGAUGGAGGUCUAUACACAUACAGUGUUGAUGGAUCUACCUCACAGGCCACUCUCACGGUUAUAGGACCACUGGAUAAUUUUACGAGAAAUGUGGGGGAGCAGCAAAGCUAUAUUGUGAACGUAUCGCCUGGAACUGCAGGUGGAGCUUGGUUUAGAAACGGUGUCCUGCUUAGCAAUGGUGCCAAGUAUGCCAUCACACAGAACUCAGGUCCUGUCCGGCGCCUCACUGUAAAUAACAUUCAAGCAGGCGAUGCUGGAGAGUAUGUCUAUGUCGUCAAUACCGUUGAGUCAAAAGGAUAUCUGACAGUGAGGGAAACGAGUGUUAAUGGAGGAUUUUCCCAAUGGAGCCAGUGGACCGGUCCGUGCCCGGUAACGUGCGGGAGUACGGCUACAAAGAGCCAGACACGAAGUCGACGCUGUGACUCCCCUGCUCCAUCAGGUGGUGGAGCUCCCUGUGUUGGGUCCACCACCGAGACCAUAAUCGUCAAUUGUGGAUUGGGCAAUUGUGCAACUGAUGGAGUAUGGCUGACCUGGCAAGGUUGGUCUGAAACUUGCCUCGCUACAUGUGGUGUAGGCGUUAGAGGAAUACAACAGAGAGAGAGAGGCUGUGUUGAACCUACUGAUGGUGGAAGGCGGUGUUUCGGCGAAAGUCUUCAGACGAGAUUCUCAAUAUGCAGUUUACCAUCAUGCGCUGUUGAUGGUGGGUUCACUCAAUGGACUCUGUGGAGCAACCCUCCCUGUGACGUGACUUGCAACACAGCCGCCACUAAAGUGAGCUCCAGAACUAGGACUUGCACCAACCCUCCGCCAUCUGGUGGCGGCAGAAACUGCACAGACCCGUAUGAGGAAAUUAGGAAUGUAAACUGCCUUCUCCCUGCAUGUCCAAUUGAUGGUGGGGUAUCUCCUUGGGGACAAUGGUCCCCCCCUGCGUGUACAGCAACAUGUGGUGUGGGUGUCCUGGGAUUUUCUGUUCGUCAGCGGCAAUGCACUAACCCCUCACCAACAGAUGGUGGGAGAGAUUGCACUGAACCACUGCAAGAAACUGGGAACAUUCCAUGCACUGGUCUUCCUCUUUGUCCGAUUGACGGUGGAUUUACUCCCUGGAGUGCGUGGAGCCCGGUCGUGUGUUCUAGAACAUGCGGCUCCGCUGAGACCGCUACAAUCAAUAGGAGGAGGACCUGCACUAACCCACCUGUCCAGAAUGGAGGAAGAAACUGUACCGGCGCAUACGUCGAAACUCUUGUAGUACCCUGUGGUCUUCCUCGUUGCCCAAUCGAUGGGGGUUUCAGUGUAUGGACAUCAUGGGAAAACGUCACACCAUGUAAUCCUACUUGUGGCCCUGUUUCUACGAGACAAGUCAGGCAAAGGAGGUUUUGUAACAGCCCUGCCCCAUCCGAUGGUGGUAGAAACUGUACCGGGGCUUUUGAAGAACUCAGAUUUGUAAACUGCGCCGUUCAACCCUGUCCACGUGAUGGGGGUCUAUCUCAGUGGAGUCCGUGGAGUGGUCCUGGAUGCACCCAGACAUGUGGUCCUUCAUUCAACAGGACGGAAACAAGAACUAGAUCGUGCACCGACCCAACGCCUGCGAACGGUGGACGCGACUGUUCACUACUUGGAUCCACAUUUGGCGUUCGAACAUUGAGCUGUGGUCUUCCUAACUGUCCUGUUAAUGGGGGCAUCACGCAGUGGAGCCAAUGGACCAUUCCCGCCUGUCCAGAAACCUGUGGACGUCUGGCUACUAGAUUUCAGGAACGGUUCAGAACCUGUACAAAUCCUGUCCCAGCAUUUAAUGGAGCUGACUGUCCUGAAACAAUCCGUUCCGAAAACAGACGUACAUCCUGUGGUCUUCCUGAUUGCCCAAUUGAUGGAGGUUACACUCAGUGGUCGUUGUGGACACAACCUGUAUGUACUGUGACAUGUGGUCCAAAUGAAAGUGGGUCAGUGUCUAGAUUCAGGACAUGCACCAACCCCUCACCACAAAAUGGAGGCAGAGAUUGUUCUUUGCUCGGACCACCAAACGACUCUGCCACCAGGCUCUGUGGACUUCCAAACUGUCCAAUUAACGGAGGUUACAAUCAAUGGACCCAAUGGAACGUACCUGCAUGUGGGGUGACAUGUGGUGCAGCCACUACAAAUGCGACCAGAAGCAGAUCCUGUAUUAACCCAUCGCCUGCUUUUGGUGGUCGCGACUGUACUCUACUCGGCAGUUCAUUUGAACAAGUUACAAGAAACUGUGGACUUCCGAGUUGUCCCGUUGACGGCACGUAUACACCGUGGAGUCAGUGGAGCAGCCCGCUGUGCAAUGUGACAUGCGGACAGGCGGCAAGAAAGAUUGAGACAAGAGUACGAACCUGCAUCCGCCCACAGUUCGGUGGAUUAAACUGCGCUGGGCCACCUGUGGAAACUAGGGAAGUGUCUUGCCAACUUAAUCCAUGUCCUUCGGAUGGAGGUUACUCCCUAUGGAGUCCCUGGAGUGGCGUUCCAUGUACAGGUACCUGUGGCUUAUCGUACACCAGAACAGUUUCCAGAUCAAGACUCUGUAACAACCCAACUCCUUCCUUCGGAGGCCGCAACUGCGACCUACUUGGGCCUUCGACACAAACCGCAGAAAGGCUUUGUACUCUACCACGUUGUCCAAUCAAUGGAGGCUUCACACCGUGGGCACAAUGGAACAUCCCUGCAUGUGCCAGAACGUGCGGUACUUUUGUCACCAGAACCGUCGACAGGAGCAGGACUUGCACUAACCCAGCACCUCAGUUCGGCGGUGCGUCAUGCGUGGGUGGUGUGUCCGAAACCGAAGUCAGGAGCUGUGGACUUCCCCCUUGCCCAACUGAUGGCGGCUACAGUGCAUGGAGUCCGUGGACCAACCCUCCUUGUAGUGUUACCUGUGGACCGCAGGCAGUGAAGCAGAUCUCUAGAGAAAGAUUCUGCAACAGCCCUGCCCCGUCCGAUGGUGGCGCUCCAUGUGUCGGGAGUCCACAAGAGAACAACAUGGUCAACUGUAAUCUCAACGUAUGCCCGAUUGACGGGGGCAUAACACAAUGGGCCCAGUGGAACGUGGAGCCAUGUCCAGUUACUUGUGGAUUGGGAAUAACCACACGUGCAUCAAGAACACGAACCUGCACCAACCCCGUCCCGGCUAAUGGCGGGGCCGAUUGUAGAGAAACUCGCGUGGAGACAGAAGCAAGAAAUUGCCUUAUUCCAAGAUGUCCAAUUGAUGGCGGUUUCAGCCAGUGGACGCCAUGGGAUAACCCGUCUUGCCUUGUAACUUGUGGUGUCUCUGCCACAAGGACUUUAAGGAGAACAAGGCAGUGCAACAGCCCCUUCCCACAGUUCAAUGGAAGAAACUGUACCGGAGACUUCGUGUCUCUGGAGAUUAGAAGCUGUAAUUUUACUGCUUGUCCGAUCGAUGGCGGAUACACUCAAUGGGAACCGUGGUCAAUUGGUGCAUGCAGUGCAACAUGCGGACCCUCAGCCAACAGAAGAUUUUCCAGAAGACGAUUUUGCACCCAACCUCCGCCUCAGUUUGGUGGUGCCCCUUGCUCAGGCGAAUCCUCAACAUCGGAGCUCAGGAGCUGCAAUCUGCCCAACUGCCCAGGUGAUGGAGUUUACCUCCAAUGGUCUCAAUGGGCUGAUGCACCCUGCGGCCCAACAUGCGGCAUCGCCUUGACAACGAACAGCACCAGAAGGAGAACUUGCAUUCAGCCCACGAACGGCGGAAGACCUUGUGAAGGGCCAGCCGACCAGACCUUGAUUAGAAGUUGUAACCUUCCCAACUGUCCAAUCAAUGGUGGUUACUCGCCGUGGUCACAGUGGUCCUCACCUAACUGCCCUGACCAGUGUGGAAGUAGCACGUCAGUAACAAUAUCAAGAACUCGAGAGUGCAACAACCCAACUCCUCAAUUUGGCGGACAAGGUUGUAUCGGGACCACUUUUCAACCUCAAACAUUUAUCUGUGUUCAUCCUCCAUGCCCAGUCAAUGGAGGAUAUACCCCAUGGACUCAAUGGAUAAGAACACCCUGCGGUCGCACCUGUGGGGAAGAUGUGUUUCAGGAAAGCUCAAGAUUCAGGAAUUGUACCAACCCAGCUCCAUCUAAUGGAGGGUUAGACUGUGUCGGAUCUCCAUCUCAGUUUAACAGAACGGCUUGUAAUGUUCCUAGAUGUCCAAUUGAUGGUGGAAUAUCUCCAUGGAGUCAGUGGAUUAAUGACCCAUGUCCGGUAACAUGCGGUCCUGGGCUCCUGACGGCAAACAGGUACAGAACAUGCACACAACCGUCACCUCGCUAUCUGGGCCGUAACUGUACUGAAACCAGGCAAGAGUCUAUCAACAGACCAUGCACAGGACCUGUCUGUCCAGUCGCCGGAAGAUUUACAGAAUGGACUGAAUGGACUGGGACCUGCACAGUAACCUGUGGCCCUGCGUCACUGACGAAGGCGGAAAGUAGGACCAGAACAUGCAUAGAACCGACUAAUGGAGGAGCAUCAUGCGUCGGGCAGCGCGUUGAAUCCCGUAGUCAGGCCUGCAAUUUACCAAGAUGUCCAGUGAAUGGACAACCCGGCCCGUGGACGGAAUGGACCGUGCCGCAAUGCACAGCUACCUGUGGGGUCAGUGCAACAAGAACACAGACAAGGACCAGACAAUGCAACAAUCCCUCGGCCGCAUUUGGCGGAAGUUCCUGCACUGAGAAUCUUUUUGCCUCAAGAGUUACAAACUGCAGACUCUCACCUUGCCCAAUCAAUGGCGGCUUUACUCAGUGGACGCAGUGGUCAGAGCCCGAAUGUCCAGGAACCUGCGGAACUUCCUUCAAAACCCUGACCAGAAGAAGAACCUGUACAAAUCCACCUCCACAGUUCAAUGGCGCAGCCUGUAAUGGACCAACGUCAGACACUGAGACGCGGCCCUGCAACAAUACAAAUUGUCCAGUGGAUGGAGGGAUAUCUCUUUGGACUCAAUGGACCAAUUCUCCGUGCCUUGCUACGUGUGGACAGGCAUCAAAGGUGGACAUAAGAACAAGAGACUGCAUAAAUCCGGCUCCACAGUUUGGUGGACGAGAUUGUCCUGAAACAAGGUUCGAGGACAGAUCCGUCAUCUGCAUUAAUACUCUUUGCCCAAUCAAUGGGGGUUUUUCGAACUGGGGUCCUUGGUCUCCAUCUGCAUGCUCCGUCUCGUGUGGCGGAGGCUCACUAUCACGCACUCGACAGAGAUUCUGCAACAACCCCUCGCCUGCUGGUGGCGGAGCACCCUGUGUUGGACCUACGCAAGAAUCAGGAACCGUUGCAUGUGGAACCGACCCUUGUCCGAGGGACGGAAAUGUCACUCCUUGGACAACUUGGUCAACGCCCAAUUGUAUUGGCACUUGUGGAUUAAACACAACAAGGACUCUUCAAAGGACCCGGACUUGUACAAAUCCUCCCCCUAGUGUUAAUGGAAGAUUCUGCGUCGCUCCACUGUUGGAGACAACGGUAUUCAACUGUAUUGUACCCAGUUGCCCUAUUGAUGGAGGUGUCACGCCUUGGACGGAGUGGGCAGGUCCUGCUUGUAACUGUUUUGUUGGGAGCACCAGAAGUUUGUCAAGGACCAGGACCUGUACAAACCCAGUACCGAGUAAUGGUGGACGACUUUGCUCUGAAUCGAUGAUCGACACAGUGACAAGAAACUGCGAUGUCACUAAUUGCCCAGUUGAUGGAAAUGUAACUCUCUGGGCUCAAUGGGUCGACGAGCCAUGUGCAGAGACUUGUGGACCUGCUGUCACCAGAGCAAGAACACGAUCAAGAUCCUGCACCAACCCUCCACCUGUCAAUGGUGGUAACGGAUGUUUAGAUCCUCUCGUAGAAACUCAGAGGAUAAGCUGUAGCCUUCCACAAUGCCCAAUUGAUGGCGGAGUGACACUAUGGACACAGUGGAACAACCCUGCUUGUUCAAGAACCUGCGGACCAGGACUAAGAUCCAGGACACGAAGCAGAACAUGCACCAACCCAACACCAGCAUUUGGUGGAAAGUCUUGCUCACAACUGCUGACAGAUGCCGACGUUGUCAACUGCAUUGACCGAAACUGCCCAGUCGAUGGUGGUUUCACACCCUGGACCGACUGGACCAAUCCCCCGUGUUCACCUACAUGCGGCAAUGCCACCAGGGUCCUCAACAGAUUCAGGACGUGUACUAACCCUCGCCCAGCAUUUGGGGGAGCCGCCUGUUCGGGAUUACAAGUGGACACAACAACCGACAUCUGCAACAACCCAGGAUGUAUAGUCAAUGGUGGCUAUACGCCAUGGUCAGAGUGGACCUUAACUUCCUGUCCUCUCACAUGUGGAACUGCGUCUCAACGUCGGUAUCGAUUCAGGAGUUGCAACAAUCCACCGAGAGCAUUCGGGGGCCUAGACUGUUUCGGGAGCAGACUUGAUACGAACGUCCUGGCUUGCAGUCUACCUGCGUGUCCAAUCGAUGGGGGAUAUACGCAGUGGACAUUGUGGUCUAACCCUCCUUGUGGUCGCACGUGUGGUCGAGAUGCUACAAAACUUGUGUCCAGAACCAGAACCUGCACAAACCCAUCACCAGGCAGCAGUGGCAGACCGUGUGUAGGCCCUUCCUCUGGAACAGAAUCAAGAAACUGCAAUCUCGAGGACUGCCCUGUUAAUGGUGGCAUCAGUCAGUGGAAUCAGUGGGUUGAGGUUCCUUGUUCUGCGACAUGUGGCCCAACACUCAACAGGCCAGUGUACAGGUUCCGGACGUGCUCUGCCCCCUUCCCGCAAAAUAAUGGUCUGGACUGUACGGAAUCUCGGAAUGAGACUUUGGUCAGAAGCUGCUUGCUUCCCGCCUGCCCAAUUAACGGUGGAUGGACAGUAUGGACCCAAUGGGCUCAGCCCAACUGUCCUAGGACCUGUGGACGCAAUGAAACCACUACUGCCUCACGAACAAGAACCUGCACAAACCCACGGCCAUCCCUAUCAGGUGCCACUUGUACAGGCAGCGGGGUUGAGCAAGAAACCAGGGACUGUAACCUGCCAGUUUGCCCAAUUAACGGAGGAAUUACCCAGUGGAGUCAAUGGGACAGCCCGGCCUGUAGCGUCACAUGUGGAACUUCAGCCGUGAAGUUUGUUACGAGACGAAGAACCUGUACAAGUCCAUCUCCUCAGUUUGGAGGCGCUAACUGCACACAAUCAAGAACUGAAACAAUCCAACGACCUUGCAUUAUUCAACCGUGUCCAGUUAAUGGAGGUUUUACACAGUGGGGAACUUGGGUAGACAGUCCCUGUCGCGUCACGUGUGGUACUGCCUUUAGAAGUGGAACGCGACGAAGGACUUGCACCAGCCCAGCACCAACUCCUGGUGGAUUGAACUGUGUUGGAGAUGACGUAGAGACACGAACCCAGAGUUGCUUCCUUCCAGUGUGUAGGGUUGAUGGCGGCAUAUCUCUCUGGGGCCCAUGGGAAGAACCUCAAUGCUCCGCCACGUGCGGUCCUGGAAACAGAAUCAGAAUUCGAAACAGAUUCUGCAACAGCCCUGCUCCUCAGAAUGGAGGCAACAACUGCACCGAGUCAAGAACACAAUCCGAGUUUCAGACGUGCACUGGUAACAGUUGCCCAGUUGACGGUGGCUUUACCCAAUGGACUGCAUGGACUAUACCCGCCUGCUCUAUCACAUGUGGUGACGCUACGAAGCUUAUCAUACGAAGAAGGACUUGUACAGUCCCAGUACCAAGCAAUAACGGUCGGGACUGUCAAGGGGACCGUUUAGAAUACAAUACAACAAGCUGCAACAACAACCCAUGUCCAAUAAACGGUGGAUAUAACGAGUGGUCGCCUUGGAGUACUCCGUCCUGUCCGAGAACCUGUGGAACCAACGUUACACGCACGUUCCUCCGGACAAGACAGUGCAAUAACCCAACACCAGCAUUUGGAGGGUUAAACUGCCUCGCUGAAAGCUUACAAACCGACGUUCGAGUCUGUUCGCUCCCAUUGUGCCCAAUCAACGGGGGUAUUUCGGAAUGGACGCAGUGGACAAACCCUCCUUGCACACUAACAUGUGGCAUUGGAGAGACCAAGAAUGUCAACAGAGAACGAACCUGCACUAAUCCUGUACCGCGUUUUAAUGGUCUUGAGUGUACAGAGACAGAUAGGUUUCAGGCUUUAGUGAGGAGUUGUGGCCUUCCACCGUGUCCACUUGAUGGUGGCUUUUCUCCCUGGUCGGCGUGGGACAAUCCUCCCUGUGGCGCUACCUGUGGUCCAACAGCUAUCAGAACUUUGGCCCGUUCACGAACAUGUACCAAUCCAUCUCCUCAACGUGGUGGUGCCAACUGCACUGGUCUGUACAGAGACACAGAGGUCAGAUCCUGCGGUCUUCAAAACUGCCCAAUCAAUGGAGGCCUGACUCUGUGGUCGCAGUGGACAAAUCCUGAGUGUUCAAGAACCUGUGGACCGGGAACAAGAAGUCUUUCUAGGGAGAGGACAUGCACUAAUCCAGUACCUAGGUUCGGUGGUCGUAACUGCACUGGGCCUUUUAUCAGCGUUCAGGCAAAUGUCCCAUGUUUCCUAAGCGCUUGUCCAGUGAAUGGUGGCGUAACCCAGUGGGGGCAAUGGAGUGUUCCUCAGUGCACUGUGAGCUGUGGAUCUGGCGCCACAGCUCCUGUCGUCAGAAUACGAAACUGUACCAACCCUCGACAGUCAAAUGGAGGAUUAUUUUGUACUCAGCCUUUACAAGAGGAUUCCACACGGAACUGUGGUUUAGCACCGUGUCCAACUGAUGGCGGAUACUCUAACUGGUCUCCAUGGAACAAUCCAUCAUGCUCUGCCACUUGUGGAUCAGGCAUCACCAGGACGUUUGUCCGAAAUAGGGUCUGCAACAAUCCUUUCCCAAGUAACGGUGGGGCAAACUGCACUGGCCCUUCAGUUGAGUUUGACACAAGAAGCUGCAACCUCAGUCCAUGCCCCAUAAACGGUGGGUUCACACAAUGGUCGCAAUGGACCAACCCGGACUGUCCAGUCACUUGUGGAACAACUGCAGUCAAAAGGCCAAUAAGAACAAGAUCUUGUACUGCGCCUGUUCCACAGUUUGGAGGCAGAGAAUGCGUAGGAUCUACCUUUGGAACAAUUGAGAGGCCCUGCAACCUUCCUCCAUGCCCAAUUAACGGUGGAUAUAGCCAAUGGACUCCGUGGUCAGAUCCACCUUGUGCACUCACUUGUGGGGUAACAGCCACCAAAACGGUCACCAGAAAUCGGCAGUGUAAUAACCCAUCGCCUGCAUUUGGAGGAGCGUCCUGUGUCGGGCCACAGGGCGACACGAAAAAUACAAACUGCAGACUGUCAAGUUGCCCAAUCAAUGGUGGGUAUUCCCCCUGGGGACAAUGGAGUACUGGUGUCUGUUCAAGGACAUGUGGAGUUGCUUCCAGGAUCUUUACCAGAGUGAGGGUCUGUACCAACCCAUCACCUCAGUUUGGCGGGCGCGACUGCACCCUGCUCGGAUCUUCAAGUUCGACUGAAAGCAGACCAUGCACGUUGCCUCGAUGCCCAAUCAAUGGAGGAAUCAGUCCGUGGGAACAGUGGUCUGGACCUGCCUGCGGGGUUACGUGUGGAGACCCAGGACGUACUCGCACUGUUGUCAGAGUGAGGACCUGCACCAAUCCUGCUCCUCAAAAUGGCGGCAGGGGAUGUUCAGAGACUAGAAGUGAGACACAGACAAGACUCUGUGGACUUUCCUUGUGUCCAGUGAAUGGAGGAGUGACACAAUGGGGUCCGUGGGGACCUCCGGCCUGUGCUGUAAGCUGCGGAGCCGGGGCUACAGGAAGAACCACCAGAUUCCGAACAUGCACAAAUCCUGCACCGACGAGUGGGGGCUCAUUUUGCACUGAAUCUUUGAUCGCUACGAAAGAGGCUAGUUGUAAUCUCAACAAUUGUCCAGUUGACGGCAACUGGACACCGUGGACACCUUGGCUGGAUGCAGGGUGUCGCCAGACAUGCGGUGCUGACGUCACACGGGAAAUGUACAGAGUACGAACUUGUUCAAACCCAUCCCCGCGAAACGGAGGACGAAAUUGUACUGGCUCUGGCAGAGAAUCGUUCCAACGCAACUGUGGUUUGAACCAUUGCCCAGGCCUGAUUGAAGGCAUUUGUCGGGACACAGUCAACUUCAUGGGCGUAGGUUACCGCUAUCAUCCGGAAGACUGUGACAAAUACGUCAUGUGUUACUACAACACUACAUCAGACGUUGUCGCUGUCUUCAAGACAUGUCCAUUUGGUCAUUAUUGGGACCAGAUCAACCUGAGAUGUGACCGCUCCUGGAAGGUUAACUGCCCCCUUGAAAAAUGCAACUCCGACUGCGAGCCCAUCUACGACAUGGACGGCAGCUGCCGUGCCUAUUGGGCAUGUACAAACGGGAGAUCAGAGGCCCAGUGUUGCAGCGUAGGGUACAGGUUUAUGCCAGGGAGAGGAUGUAUGCCGGAUCCCUUCUGUACAGACCCUUGUCCUGUACCCUGCUUAGAUGGCACAGAGUCCUGCGACAAGCGACCUGUCUGGACCUCGAGGACCUCCUAUGUCAUCCAGGCUGGUUCCAUCGGAUGGAUGAACAGCGACUGUCCAUUUGGUCAAGUCUAUGACGUUGCCAAGUGCCAGUGUGUUGCCCAAACACCAUCAUGCCCGCUUGCCCUCGGGGUGGAGUUCAACACUGCCAGCCCCACCGGCUGGACCCUUCAAAACGUUCCUAUAUUCGUAAAUCAGUAUGGUAGGUUCAACGGAAACAGUUUUGUUUCAACCAGUCAAGACCUGAGACGAACCAGCGCUGCAUCAAGUAUAGCUAUCCGUUUCCGGUACAGAGAGAACGUACCCGUGUCAUCAAGACAAGUGCUUGCAAAAAGUGUAGAAUGUGCUGACUGUAGGAAUGCUAGCUCACUUGUAAUAUAUCUAGAACAGUCGGCGGUGCGUGUUGAGAUGUCUACCUGGAGAGGAGGAGUGGUCCGUCUUCUUGCUUCAACCUCGGGUUUCCAAACCAGUGAAUGGAAGACUGUGACAGUUCUGUACGAAGGCUCUACUUUGACCGUGGUGAUCAAGACUGCCAGCUACGAAUAUAUAAACAGGGAAUCGGCUCCUGAGGCAAUUCUCUUGACGUGCGGCUUCACCUUGGGAUCAGAUGGCUCUGCCACGGGUGGCUUUACAGGAGAUGUGGACUACAUACGGUAUUAUAGGUGUAAGCCUACAGAUUUCUACUAGGAACAGUGCCAACUUGCCCCUGCUAAGGUACAGGAACUAAGGCACCUUACCAUGACAUGACAAACAUUCACAGAAACAUUCGUGCAUUGAGUGUGUGACUUUGAUCGAACAAGGAUCACUUAAUUUUCAUUCCUGCAUGCAUAUGCUCAGUGAUAAUAGAUAGUAGCAUUCCGUAUGAUAUAAAUUUACAAGUGUUAUAUAUUGGAAACGCGGCAUGUGACACUUGUUAUAUGUACUUAUUGCUUUAUCGAAACUACAAGCUGUUUUGCGGAUCUCUACGAGAGAAAGACAUUGGUGCCACAAUAGUUCCACGUGAUAUUAGUGUCGUAUUGUUAUGAGAUUAGAUUGUACAGUACAUCGUUGAUCGAAAUGUUCUUGCCUCCAUAAAGGCUGUAGAUUUGUCUUUAGGUUACCUGUUUAUUGUGCUUGAUUUCAUGUAUGUUAUAUUGAUAGUGCUAUAACGCACAUGCAUAUUAUGUCCAUUCUCACCUUCAAAUGAAUUACGAGAUCGAAUAGUAAUUUUGUUCCUUCACAUGUUACCGAUUCCAAUAUUUAUUCAUGUAGUAUUUCAAUGGAUCUCAGUUGUUUUCAGAAGGUUAUUUUGCUGUUACUGCUGUAAACGUUGUGUCACUUCCUGUUUGUGUUUCGCUAUUUUCAUAAUAAAAUGUUCCUAUUACA